AAUAACUCGCAACACACAAAUUUCGACUUUGUUAAAAUUCAGUUCAGCGCUUUUAAUGGCCGUAAUGCCUCUUGAAGCAAAACUAUUGCUGUUCCUUUUUGUCGUUGCUCAAGUUCAUCAAGAAAUCGAUGCAUUAAAUGGAAAUAAGAAACGUAGUGGAAGACGACCUGCUCUCUCUACAAAAGUUAAAAUUUCCAAAAAUCACGUGCAAAUAAUUAAGUGUUGUGGCUUAAAAAAAUGUCUAAGUCCCGGUGGUCCAUCCAAAAGUCACUCCAAACUUGCCACUGAGAUCAAUAGAAACUAUUCAUUGAUUGGAAGAACUGAAAUAUUGAAAACUUCGAGAGAAAUAAUUUCCACGGAUACAGAACUUUACACUGAAAAUUCUGGUUUGUCAAUAUCCUCAGCCUCUACAGAUGUAAGUGACGUGCAAAUUUCUAACUCCAAUGGUGAUGAGAUAGCAACAGAUGCUUAUUCAUCAACAUCAGAAAUAAAUGAAUUAAUUUCAUCAACAAUCUUGGCGACCGUCGAUUUGGCCACAACCGAAACAUCUUCAUCAGCCACAACUUCAACAACAUCCGCUUCCCCAAGUACAACAACAGCAACCCUUUCUGAGACGAGAACCACUUCUUCUGUAUUGCAGACGAGCACCCAAACUAUUAAAACGCUGGACUCUUCAGAAUCUGCAACUUCUUUGCCCGUAACGACAACAACCGCGCCGGUAACUUCAACAUCAACCACGAAAGCUUCCACUACGUCAACCAAAAUGACAACUACAACAACCAUUGACCCAUUGCUGGUCGGAAAAUGCAAAGCGGAAACAAACGCCGCUGUUAACAGGUCCCUAUUUUCAACUAAUGGAGCACUCACGAAUCCUGACCUGCAUGGAUUCUGGUUGGACGCGUGCGGCCAAACCCUGUUGCUUGGAAGGUCGCUGGGAACUUGGCACCAAAACACGGAUAAGUGCCUCAGUCUGAACAUGCAGCCGUUUGUCUUUGAGAGCAAAGAAAAACUCGAGUGCAUGAAACUCCAAGCAAAAAGCUGGAGGUUCAACAUGAAUUACUGGACGGGAGGAAGGAAGGACCUGGUGAGCGGAACCACUGGGUGGUGCUUUGCAAACGGCUCCGUGUCCUUGCAAGUGGACCUGCCUUUAAUCAACUCAGCCAUUGACCAGAACUGCGUCCAGAUGCGCAUUAAUAAAACCAACGGCACCAUUUCCAUUGGCGAUAGGCGGUGUUCGGACCGAUUGAUAUUUGCUUGCCAAGGCCCUCCAACCAAGUCUCCAAAGUGUACCAGUCCUGUUUGUCCGAAUUUCACCUGCCAGAAAGAUCCUCAAUUAUUUACCGUUUCGGCCAAGGAUAACUCUUCAGUUUUAAAAAACCACACUCUGCACGGCCGAUGGUUCUCUAACAAACUUCGCCACUACCUCUUCAGUUUCCCAAACGAUACAAAAACAUAUUUGGAAGCGACAAAAGCUUGCUGUGCUUUGGGCAUGUCGCUGUUGAGUUUAGAUGGUCAGCAUAAGUACGACGCUUUGGCCAGUAUCGGCUUCUCCAUUGAAAUGAAUCAAGAGGAACAAAAUUUAACAUUGUGGACUUCUGGUUCGGACGAGGGCUGCGAGUCAAUUUUUGGCUACUGUUCGGCCAAACGGGUGUUCCGCAAUGAGACAAAGUGGCUGCCUGGACAACCAGACAAUGCAGGAGGAAAGGAAAAUCACGUGGCCGUCCACAUGUGGCGUGAAAAGCGUCAGGUUCUACUUGCCGAUUAUGACGGAAACAGCAAGAAAUUCAGAUAUAUUUGCGAGAAACGACGCAAUCCGCAGACAAAGAGUGGCAAGCAGGCGAUAAUAGAUGAAUGCGCGGUUAUUUACAGUGUUACGGAAGUUGAGAUUGACUUGCUUCGGAAUGCGACGAAUCUUGAUCUGCGCAUGAAAUGCUUUGUUCAAUGUGUUGGCGACGCUGUAGGUCUGCUGGUUGGUGGAAAAUUUGUGGAAAGCGAGGUGUUUGCGAUUCUUGAAACACUUGCCCUUUCGAACAUGGACGAAUUGAUAAAAAAUAUGGCCAUCGUGGACGAGUGCAACAACAAGACUUACGGAAUGGACGAGUGCGACAAGGCGUAUCAGUUAGCCAAGUGUGCCAGGGACAAGGCGCCCGAAGUAUUUGAUCAAAUCAUCAAAGAUCUGGACAAUCAAAUCCCGAAAGACAGUGAUCAAAUGAUUUCCAAGGCAUACGGUUGCGCAAAUUACGGCGUUGAUCCCCUAUGCACUAUCAACGUGGCAGAAAAGAACAAAACAGAUGCAAUAAAUCCAGUUGCAUCCACGUGCUCUUUUAAUGGCGACGGCCGAUAUUGGACAUGCAGAUGCAACGAUACAAAAAAUUAUCUCAUUUUUUAUACCGGUGGUCGCGCUUACAAUAAUUUUGGUGCUGCCACAUUCUGCUGUGAACGCGGAAUGCGACUGUUGUCUGCUCAGAAUUUCAUAAAAGCUUCAAGUUGUAUGAAGCCAGCGGUGGCAAUAUCCAGUAGCUAUGCCAACAAUUUCUACACCAUGCUCAACACUGUCAUUAUUGACGUGACGAGUGGUUUCAGUUACGAUUGUUACACCCAAACGGAAUUUAUCCCAAAAAAUUACAAUUACAGUCUUGAUGUUCACCCAGAUUUUUUGAACUCGGCUGGACCAAUCAACGUUUUUUCGCAGCUUAACGGACCCACGCCACUGUUUCAACUUAUCUGGCCUUACGUAAAGGAGGUGUUCAUUUGCGAGGAAAUAUAAAUUUUUUAAUCUG